AUGUUACAGAAUGUGUCGAUAACAGUGGAAGUACGUCAUCGUGUCAACAAGACCGUAAUCGUAAGAUCCGAACGCUUCGUAAAGCUGUCCCCAGCAUCUAAUGAAUCACUUCAAGUUGAUGAGAGAACAUCGGAUACAAGGAUUGUUUAUAAAGCUUGGAUUGAGUGCGAUAAGUUCUACUAUGGUCCUGGAUGUGCCAAGUUUUGUCAAGCAAAUGAUGCAAAUUUCCAUUUCUACUGUUCGUCGGAAGGCGAACGACUAUGUGAGAAUGGCUGGUCGGGUCCAAAUUGCGAUGAUCCUGUGUGCCCGAAUGGUUGUGGCAAUGGGACAUGUAUAGCUCCUGGUGUGUGUCGUUGUCGAAGAGGAUGGCAAGGUGUUACAUGUAGUCAGUGUCAGGUAUUGGAGGGCUGUAAACAUGGUUACUGUGCUGAUGCAAAUCAGUGCAUUUGUGAGAAGAACUGGGGUGGAACAUUUUGUGACAGGUUGGAUAUUGUUGGAUAUUCAUUAUGCGAUAAUUCUUGUUAUCUGAUACGACUCUUCCAACUGUUACGAUCAGUAACCACUUUUUUCACUGUCUGGCAAUCCAUGAAAUGA